GCUCAGCGAACAGCGCUCGGCCUACGUGGAGGCGCUGGUCCUCUCCCCAUGACUCCAGCAGUCUUCGGGGAAGCUUUUGUAAUUGGUCUUUUCUUUUUAAAACUUUUCUGCCCAUUAGAGGGAGGAGAGAGAAAGGAAUCCAGAGAGAGAGAGAGAGAGGUCGUCUCUUCCAUUGAUUGAAAUCAUGGACGAGGUGAUCACGGCGGCCGAUGCGUCCGCCGGCAACCGAACGACGACGUCGGCGUCGUCGUCGCCAUCUCUUCUCCCUGCGAACCUGCCUUUCCUCUCUGCAUUCCUCGCCUGUGCUCUUGCUCAGUUCCUUAAGAUCUUUACCACCUGGUAUAAGGAAAAGAGGUGGGAUUCUAAAAGGAUGCUUGAUUCUGGUGGAAUGCCAUCCUCACAUUCUGCGACUGUGACAGCUCUAGCAAUGGCUAUAGGUCUACAAGAUGGUACAGGAGCAUCAUCUUUUGCCAUUGCAGUAGUCUUGGCAUGUGUGGUUAUGUAUGAUGCCUCCGGGGUAAGACUUCAUGCUGGCCGGCAGGCUGAGUUGUUGAAUCAAAUAGUCAUUGAACUUCCUCCAGAGCACCCUUUAUCCAGUGCCAGACCUCUGCGUGAUUCGCUUGGGCACACUCCACUUCAGGUUAUUGUCGGUGCUGUGCUGGGAUGCAUAGUAGCAUUUCUGAUGAAGAGCUCUAGCUAGCACAUGGUUACCACAGAUAUUGCUCUGACCUUCUUGUUGUGCAAUGAGCUGUUUCGAUAUGCACAGCAGUACUGGCUGGGAAAGGUCAAGUCUGCUGCUGCUAAAUGAUUUUGUAAUUGUUGAAAUCAUGUAAAAUGAUCCGCUAAUUUGUUCAUUAGGGCAAUAAUGCUUUCUGUCCAUUUUUGGCUCAUUCUUGUACACAAAAUAUUUAACAUGCAACAAAUGCCUUUCUUGUUUUUGCGCUGGUGAGCCUCAACACUACAGGAUCCUGUAAACAUGUUAAUCCAAGGGAAAGAAUCCUGACAAUCUUCAUUCCCA